AUGGAUCAAACCACCCAAAUCAAUGAUCCAUCAGGUGACGAAAUAGCAAAUGUGGUGUUAAAACAAUUCGACGAGUUACCCGCGAAGAGGAAACCGUUGAAUAGGGGAGAGGGAGUUAGGGAAUGGGUUCCGCUUAGUGGGAUUGUUGCUUCUGGUGAGAAUGGAUUAACUUGUCUUUCUCUUGCAACCGGCAUGAAAUGUCUCCCGCACUCCAAACUUCCCCAAGCACAAGGUAACGUCCUCCACGACUGGCACGCCGAAAUCCUCUGUCUCCGCUCUUUCAACCAUUUCCUUCUACAAGAGAUCCUCGCUCUCCUCUCCACCCCCUCAAUCCCCUCACAAUAUCUCCAACACCGUCUGCCGGAAACCAUCACACACGAUGCAUUCCAACCCUUCGAAUUAAAACCGCACAUCAAACUCUUCAUGUACUGUUCCGAAGCACCCUGCGGCGACGCAAGUAUGGAACUUACCAUGGCGGCACAAGAAGACGCAACGCCAUGGGCGUUACCCCCUCCUAACCCUGGGGCUGAAGACCAAGAAGAAAACAUCCAACUUCCCGGCCGAGCCAACUUCCAACUGCUCGGCCGCGUGCGCCGCAAACCAUCACGUCCAGAUGCACCUCCCACACUCUCGAAAUCCUGCUCCGACAAACUAGCAUCCACGCAAUACACAUCACUCCUCUCCUCUCUCACCUCCCUCUUCAUCUCCCCUCAAUACAUAUAUCUCCAAUCUCUCAUCCUCCCUAGCACCCAAAACAACACCAUAGGCUUCACACGGUGUUUCCGUACACGAUUAUGCACGCUCAAAAAGCGCAGUCAGGAGACGACUCAAAAAAGAAAAACCGGCUACGAAUACCACGAACUGAGUAUCCAAACCACCACGAAAGAAUUCAUCUAUUCCCGUCGCAGCGAAACGCAUACUGCAAAAACGCUAGAAUAUGUAAGUAGCAAUAUAUCCACAUCAUGGAUUCGUGGCGAUGGGAAAACAGGCGGCGAGACCCUGGUAAAUGGUGCGUUGCAGGGGAGAAAACAGUUUGAUGUGAGGGGUGCUAGUAGGGUUUGUAGGAGACGAGCAUGGAAGGUGGGAUUGGAGGUUUUGGGGAGGGUUGCGGCGAUGGAGGGGAUGGGGAAUGGGGUUGUAGAGAGGAUGAGGAGUUGCUUGGGGUCGGGGACGUAUAAGGAGAUGAAGGGAAGUGAGAUAUUGGGGGAGAGGAGGAGGGUUAAGGGGGAAGUUAGGGGGUGUUUGGGUGGAUGGGUGAGAAAUGAGGGGGAUGAUGAGUUUGGGGUUGAGGUAUCUUAG